AUGAGUUCGCAGCGUAUUCUAAGAGAGGCAUUCCAGAACAAGUUACCUUUAAUCAACCGAGGUACUUACUUAAGAACAAUGUCACUUGAUUGGGUAAUGGAAGAGUUUACCAAGAAUGCGGCAGACGAAAGAGUACAGAUCAUAUCGUUGGGAAGUGGUAUGGAUACUCGUAGUUUUACCAUGUUGAAAAAGUACAAAAAUAUGACAUAUCAUGAGAUCGACUUCCCUGAAUCUACUCGGAUCAAAAAGUUAGCCAUUACCAACAAUCAACAGUUGAGUCAAAUAGUCAACACCAAACACGUGACUGUCGAGAUAAAUAGUGCCCAAGGGUUUCAAAGAGUGAACUGUGAUUUGCAUACCUCAAACUAUCAUCUCUAUGGCAGAGAUCUUCGUCAAGUCGAAGAAUAUAGUACACUACUCAAGGACUUUGAUCACAAAGUUCCCACCUUGGUCUUGAGUGAAUGCUGCUUAUGUUAUUUGCCCAUGGAGGACAAUGAGAGAUUGAUCACAAAGUUUCGUGAAAUGAGCCCAGACUUGUUGGGUUUUUUGAUCUAUGAGCCCAUGGCUUUAGGUGAUAAUUUUGGGAAAACCAUGAAAUCCAAUCUUCAAAAGGGUAAGGGAAUUAAAUUGCCAACGUUUGAAAGCUUACCUGAUUUAGAUGUACGGUUAUCAUUUCUAAGAGACACUUGUGGGUUUGAAAACAUCCGUUUGACCGAUUUGAGUUAUGUUGGAGGAUACUCAAAGCCAACCAAUAAAGGAGGGUGGAUAGAGUUCAAAGAGCUUUACAGAAUCAGUAGAUUGGAAUGGAUUGAUGAAGUUGAAGAGAUCACCUUGUUACUUAAACAUUAUUGUCUUUGUUAUGGUGAAUAUACCAAUGGAGUCAUGAAGUUUGAAGAGUCUGACCCAAAGGAAUAUCGUUGGAUAAAGUCAUGA